UUUGAAUACCACUGUUAUUCCUCCGGACGAAGCAUGAUGACGCCUGUCAAACGUAUAGCAGUGAAGAAGAGAACUGAAUUAAACAUCGUUUUUUAUUCACUUCAACGUCUUUUUUAUUCCCAUGGACCUCUAAAACAAUAAUGGAGAUAGAAUGGGAUGAUUCCCCAGUCCCUAGUGGUCCUUUCUUCACAAGAGAUAUCUAUGACAAAUACUCGCUUGCACCUCAUAUGAGAGAACUCUGGACACAUCUUCAAAGCCCUGCAGAAAUUGCCAACAAAAAUCAAGAGCAUGACGAGGCUGCAGAAGCCCCGAGCUCUCGUAACAUUAAAGGUGCAGCGCAGUUAAAAGACGGGCGUUGCAUCAGCAGCCAAGUGUCCUGUUGGGAGAGCUGCGAUAGUGAUGAUCCAUCCGCAGACAAUGAUGUUGGGGGAGCAGAGGACAGUAAGAGCGGCAGAAAGUCUAACGUAAAGCCGGCUGAAACUAAGGUGGAUGUUGCUUAUCCUGACCCCAGGCUGCCCUUUCCCUGUGUGUCCAGCCUCACCAGCAAAGAGCAGAAAACUCACGUUGAUUAUUUAUUGAGUAAAAGACACAGGAUUCCUCCACAGCAUGUCACGACACGAUUAAACAACGAAAUCAUGCAGUUCAUGAUUUACCUGCAAGAUGUGGCUAAAAUAUGUGCUGACGAUUACAACUUCAUACCGCAAGGAGCUGUGCAGUACACAGAGGAACUCUUUAGAAGCUGUUUAGAGCAGAUCAAGACUCUUCCUCAGCUCUUCCAGAUCCACGAGAUGACCAGUUUGACAGGAGGGAUGUUUAACCCCGGGUUAGCAUUGACCUUUGAGAAGCAGCUGCUCACAAUGGGCAAAGUGAACAUUACAGACCACAAGAUAGCGCCUGCUGAUGCGCAGCUUGCAUCGGAUUAUCAGAGUGUUUCGUCAGCGACUCCUCCAGCGAAGAAAGCCAAGGACAUGCACGCUAUGAUCAGUGAGGAUGGGAAUGCAGAGAAGCUGUGUUGUUUUUACCAGCCGCAUGUCUGCCUGACUCGGGAUGCUUUGGUCAGACUGCUGGACAACCACGGCCCUGAAUUUGCGGAGCAAUGGGAGCUGCCUGUUGUCGUGAAAGCAAUCCCAGGAAAUGCCAGCAGUAAGAGGACAAUCGUGUACAUCGACUCGCCUUUUCUGAAGACUGAGAUGACCGUUAGAGAGAGGAAUCACAUCUUUCAUGAGGAAAGUUUCAAGCUCUCCGUUGUGAAGAAUGGAAGUAUAAAUGUGUUCCAUUUGAUGACCGAGCGUCCCGUGGCUCAGCAGCAAACAUCACCAGAGAGUUCCAAGAGAAGGUUUGUGUCUGCAGAGAGCACAGGCCUCGACUUCGAGGUGGACCUCAGCGACCUGGAGACGUUCGGGGAGACCAGUACAGUGUCCCAGACAAAGAAGGGGAAGAAUCGGCAGGAUGGAGGGCUCAAAUAUGAGAGAGCCACAGGUUCCUCGAUUGUAACCAGAUCCAAAAGUUCUAGAAGUGGUUCUCAUGAAGAGACGAAGACAAACAUGGAGGAACCCAGUCCGCCGGUUGUGAGUGAAGUCCUUCUGCCAAAGUCUAAACCAACGGGUUCCACCAGAGAACAGGAAGAAGAGGAAGCUUUUGCAGGAGACUCGGAUGAUGAGAAGCUCAUCAUUGACAGUUCUGCACCUUCAGCAGCAACACCCAUAAAACAACCUGACCUGACUUCUGUCCCGGAGUCCACUCCUCUAAAUAAAGACUUGUCUUCCCCUAAUAAGAGUGCGAGGACGAGACAACAAGCCAAAAGAGCAAAGACCUCUGGUGACCAGCUAGGUGAGAUCCUGCGCAUGCAAACAGCCAUGUUCAAGUCUGCUAACGAUGCAACAGUGAAGUCACCCAGCCGCUGUGUGGAGCCCAUGCCAAACUCUCACCUAAUGUCCCUGGUUAAGCCAUGUGUGACCUCAUAUUUGGAGAGACACCAGAACGAAGACAACGAGACAUGUGCUAGUCCUCCUGACUCUGCAGCUGUCAACAAUAAUGCUACAGGGCAGAAACGAAUCCUUUCAGAAGACCUCCAGGCCUGUGCAGAGGACGAACAAGACUAUGAAGCCCCAGAGGAAAGCAACCUGCUCUACAAGCUCUACAGUCUGCAGGACGUGCUACUCCUCGUACGCAGCUCUGUGUCUCUAACUCACACACGGAGUGUCGGCAGCAGCAAAAAUCAGUAUGUCCCCGUGCACGUCGUACCGAAGCUGGAGUACCAACUUUCCUAUGGUGUUGAGUGUCUAACAAGCAGUGAGGCGUGUCAGCUGUGGACAGAGACGCUGCUUCACUCCAGCACAGUGUCGUAUAUAGCUCACAUCAGUGCACACACAUCAAAAAUGGCUCUGCUGAGGAAGCUGCCUGACGACUGGAAGCAGAACAUCUCCUGCGGGUUUAAGCCUUCCAAGUCCUUAAAUAUACUGCACCACCUACUGAAAAAGUUAACCAGGUUAGAUGAGGGACAGUACCUGAUCACGCACAAACAUGGGGAACCAUUUGUGACCAUUCUAAAGGCAGCUGAUGUAAAAGCGAGUCGGGGGACCUUCAACCUGCACCAGAGCUACAGCUCUGCUCCACUACCCCCCAGAUCGGGGCUCGUGCCUUGGAUACCCGUCGACCCGGCCGUGGUCCUCCCUUUUCACCAGAAGCACGGCCGGGUGCCCUGCACAUUCCCACCAAAGAAUUUCACCAAGGCAGCCAAAGUGGGAGCCAAUAAUCCUGGAGCUGGACUGAACAACAACUCAAAUGCACAAGGCAAGAAGAAGAAGAAAGGCAAACAAUCAAAACGUUCAGCUAAACGUAACAAAUACAUCAAAAACCUGAUUCAGAAAUGUGUUUGAGAUGUCUAAUCGAAGGAUUUAGUUUCAUGCCAUUUAUAUUUCAUUGUUUAGGUUAGAACAGCUGGACCUGUGAACCUGCACUUUUACAGUAUAAAAUGUGUUUUUUUCUAUAUAUUUUCUUGUGAGUUUUGCUAUGUUUUGGGUGAAAAAAAAUAAAAUUUCAGUGAAACAAACA